CUGAUCGUCUGGUGCAAGGAAUUCGAUGCCCUGUGGUACGAAGAAGAACUCUCCACUGCUGACCCCCUUUUCUCCGUAAAUGGACUCAUGGCGUUCUGCAAUCGUACGCUCGCUAUUAAGGCAGCGUUAGGUGCAGGAUUUUUGCUGAUCCUCCUGAACCUUCUCAACUCCAAGUUGGACAGUGGCAGCGGCACCAAUCGAUAUUCUUCCCAUUUAAAAUCGGGAGCAACCCAAUGGCCAAAGCGAACUCACGGCAGCUUAGAAACACAUUCGCCCUCGUCCUCUGCAAUAGGUAACGAUAGAGCAGAUAGCACAAAGGAACAACAGCAGCACAACGAUGAUCAACCUAUGAACAACGAUUCCAUCGCUACAGCCUACCAUUCGGCCGAUGGUCAACGAAAUCAAUCAUCGGUGUCGGGUGAUAGAGAAAGCACGGCACAGCACAAUAAUUCUGAAAUUCAAAAUGUGAUACAAAACCACGCGAAAGAACCAACCAAACGCACAGCUACGGCAUCUGAACAGUACGAACUAAACAGUGGUGAUAAGCAGAAUAAUAGUAACUUUUCUUCGAUCGCAACUCCUAGCUCUAGUGCUGGCAGCUCAAAUAGUCAUUUUAGUAGCAAUAGUAGCAUAAAUAAUGUAGGCAAUUUCUCCGGGAUAAAUAACGUAAAGUCUGAAAAAGCAAGCAGCAGCAGCAGCAGCAAAUCCAUGCACGAAGCGGCAGUUAACAACAAUGUUCAAAAUUCCUCAAUCCUACCGGCACAGAAGCUGGAAAACGUAGCAAAUGUGUUACCCCGUGUGUAUGACGAAGGAGACGUAGAGCGGGCAGAUUUGUCGGACAAGUUUACCAUAAACAGCUGUCCGCCGAUUCCUCCCAAUCUGGACGGACCUAUCGAUGUGGAUGUAUCGUUUGAACCGCUCAGUGCAGUAGAGAAACGUUUUGCUGGCAAGUUGCAACCGGGCGGCCAGUACGUACCACCGGACUGUACGGCACGGAACCGCGUCGCCAUUAUCGUACCGUACCGCGACCGUGAACAACACUUACCGAUCUUCCUCAAGAACAUACAUGCGCUGCUAAUGAAGCAACAGCUCGAGUAUGGCAUUUACAUAGUGGAACAGACCGCCGGAUCUUCGUUCAACCGUGCUGCCCUGAUGAACAUCGGUUUCGUCGAAGCGAUGAAGCAAAAGAACUGGGAAUGUAUGGUAUUUCACGAUAUCGAUUUGCUUCCAAUGGACGAUCGAAAUCUGUACACCUGCCCGGACCAGCCGCGUCACAUGUCGGUGGCCGUCGAUACGUUCGGUUUCAAGCUACCGUACAGUACCAUUUUUGGCGGCGUUUCUGCAAUGACCGAAAAACAGUUCCGGAUGGUGAACGGGUUCUCCAAUUCGUUCUGGGGAUGGGGUGGCGAAGAUGACGACAUGUCGAACAGAUUAAAACACGUAGGUUUUCACAUCGCACGCUACCCGGUCAAUAUAGCGCGGUAUACCAUGCUAAACCACAAAAAGGAAAAGGCCAAUCCCAAGCGUUAUGAAAAGUUAGUGAACGGAGCCAAACGAUUCGACAGUGAUGGACUUAAUUCGUUGCAUUAUCAAUUGGUAAAUUUAAUACGCAAACCUUUGUACACCUGGAUUCAUGCGGACAUUUCCCCGGAUGGCAGCUGAUGAUUGUCAUUUCUAGCGGAUUGGCUAGGAUAAUUUGCAAAA